AAAACAAACAAAAAAGAAAUAAUUCGUAUUUAUGAAGGAGGAGUGGUAAUCGGUAGAAGAAGAAGGAAGACGAAGAAGCCGAAGGCUCGAUUCGGGGGGAGGCAGAGUGAUUGUGUCCGUAGAGAUCUCUCUCUCUCAUCCUCUUUCUCUCUCUAAGCGCAGAGAAAUCAAGAUUCGUCAAUGGGUUUGUGGGAAGCUUUUCUCAAUUGGCUCCGCAGCCUCUUUUUUAAGCAGGAAAUGGAACUAUCUUUGAUAGGACUUCAGAAUGCUGGAAAGACUUCUCUUGUAAAUGUUGUAGCGACGGGUGGAUACAGCGAGGACAUGAUCCCUACGGUAGGAUUCAAUAUGAAGAAGGUGACCAAAGGGAAUGUUACAAUAAAGUUGUGGGAUCUUGGAGGUCAACCCAGGUUUCGCAGCAUGUGGGAGCGAUACUGUCGUGCCGUUUCUGCUAUAGUUUAUGUUGUUGAUGCUGCGGAUCCAGAUAACAUGAGUGUAUCAAGCAGUGAGCUUCAUGAUUUGCUCAGCAAAAACUCACUAAGCGGGAUCCCACUACUGGUUCUCGGAAACAAGAUUGACAAGCCGGGAGCUCUCAGUAAACAGGCAUUAACUGAUGAAAUGGGACUGAAAUCGAUUACCGAUAGAGAAGUUGGUUGCUUCAUGAUCUCAUGCAAGAACUCAACCAACAUCGACUCAGUUAUCGAUUGGCUUGUAAAGCAUUCGAAAUCAAAAAGCUGAGAGAUGGUUUUACCUCUCUGCUUUUGAUUUUUAUAAAAGAAUUCUUCGCGUGCGGGGUGUUGGUGGCGGGAUUCACUUGUUUGAUUAACUUGGUUGCUGAUUAUUUUGUUGUUGUACUGUAUUCUACUGUAUCAUUUCUUCUGACUGGGGACGAUCUGGGGUUGUUUUGGUCUCCUAGUCUCCCUUUUCUCCCCCAGACAUCUGCCUACAUUUACAUAUUGGAAUUCAUGGAGGUUUUGGAGACUA